AUGCGGCGGGGGACGCGCUUCGAGCGCGGGGCCCGGAGGGAAGGGCAGAGCGCUCCGCACGGCGCGGAGGAGGAAGGCGUCUUGCAGAGGGAGCCGUGCGGGGCCGAGAGCCCUCCUGCCGCGCCGGGGUCCCCGGGGCGCCCGUCCCCGCAGCCGGCGGGUAGAAACGCGGCCGUCACGAAGCCCCCGCGGAGCGGCCGAGCUGAGGAGCAAGAUGGAGAAGAUAUGGAGAGGAGGAAGAGGAAGAGGAAGGCAACCAAGCGGAAGAGAGAAGGAAAAAGCCAAGAAGAGGAAGGGUCUUUGUCCUGUGACAUCAAGCUGGAUGACACCCUGGAUCGCACCUUGGAAGACGGCGCCAAGCAGCACAACUUGACCGUCGUCAACGUGCGGAACAUCCUGCACGAGGUGAUCACAAACGAGCAUGUGGUUGCCAUGAUGAAAGCAGCCAUCAGCGAGACAGAGGAUAUACCUUUGUUCGAACCCAAGAUGACUCGUUCCAAGCUGAAGGAGGUUGUGGAGAAGGGAGUGGUGAUUCCAACGUGGAAUAUUUCUCCAAUCAAGAAGGCGAAUGAGGUAAAGCCCCCUCAGUUUGUGGACAUUCCUCUCGAGGAAGAUGAUUCAUCCGAUGAAGAAUACCAGCCCGAAGACGAGGAUGAGGACGAGACUGCGGAGGAGAGCCUCUUGGAGAGCGACGUGGAGAGCACGGCCUCUUCUCCCCGCGGAGCGAAGCGGUCCAGGACGCGGCGAUCCUCUGAUGAGGAGGGAGGGACCCACUGCGAGACAGAGAAGGCCCCUACACCCGUGGUUAGACAUAUUAGUGCUGAAGUGGUUCCCAUGGGACCCCCGCCGCCUCCUAAACCCAAGCAGAGCAAGGACAGCACGUUCAUGGAGAAGCUGCACGCCGUGGAUGAGGAGCUGGCUUCAAGCCCAGUGUGCAUGGAUUCCUACCAGCCCCUGGAAGACAGCCUCAUCGCCUUCCGGACGCGCUCCAAGAGGCCGCUCAAGGACGUUCCGCUCGGGCAGCUGGAGGCCGAGCUCCGGGCCCCGGAUAUCACCCCGGACAUGUACGACCCCAACACGGCGGACGACGAGGAGUGGAAACGGUGGCUGGGAGGGCUCAUGAACGACGACGUGGAGAACGAGGAUGAAGCAGAUGAUGAUGAUGACCCUGAGUACAACUUCCUGGAAGAUCUGGAUGAACCAGACACAGAAGACUUCAGAAAUGACCGUGCUGUGAGAAUUACCAAAAAGGAAGUGAAUGAGCUGAUGGAGGAGCUGUUUGAGACGUUCCAGGAUGAGAUGGGUUUCUCUAACAUGGAGGAUGAGGGUCCGGAAGAUGAAGAUAACGUCACCGAGACACGGCCAAACUUCAACACGCCGCAGGCGCUUCGAUUUGAAGAGCCUCUGGCCAAUUUACUGAAUGAACAGCACCGGACAGUGAAGGAGCAACUCGAGCAGUUGAGAAUGAAGAAGUCUUCAACCAAGCCUGCACAAGAGAUGGAGAAAUCAAAACCUCAAAAUGAGAAGCCGCUCCAAAGCCUUGUGCUGGACAGCGUGCAAAGAAAGAGGCUCCAGCAGCAAAUGCAGCAGCAUGUUCAACUUCUGACUCAAAUCCAUCUUCUUGCGAGUUCCAACCCUGCUUUAAAUUCUGAGGCCAGUACCACCAGGAUGUUUUUGAGUGAGCUGGGUAACUUUGCUCGCAGUUCUACGCUCCUUCGCCAGUCCUUCAGCCCCAAGUUUCAGACCAUGUUCCAGCCCUGUAACUUGAAGGGAGCCCUGCAGCUCGUUGAAGACUUCCAUGCCCAGGUCCAGGUUGACUGGAGCCCUCGCAAAUCCGUGAAAAAGAGUGCCAAUGAAUUCCCAUGUUUACCAAAGCAAGUGGCAUGGAUUUUGGCAACAAGGAGAAUCUUCAUGUAUCCUGAGUUACUGCCAAUAUGUUCCUUGAAAGCAAACCCUCCUCGGGACAAGAUUAUCUUCACCAAGGCAGAGGACAAUUUAUUAGCUCUAGGUUUGAAACAUUUUGAAGGGACAGAUUUUCCAAAGCCUUUGAUCAGCAAGUAUCUUUUGCCAACAAAAACUGCCCACCAGUUGACAGUGCGGAUCAAGAACCUCAAUAUGAAUCGAGCCCCUGAUAACAUCAUCAGGUACUAUAAAAAGACAAAGCAGUUGCCCAUCCUGUUCAAGUGCUGCGAGGAGAUCCAGCCUAACGAGUGGAAACCACCCAUGGAGAGAGAAGAACAUCGCCUGCCCUUUUGGCUGAAGGCAAGCUUGCCCUCCAUUCAGGGGGAAUUGAAGCAAUUAGCCCAAGAUGCCCGGGAGAUGCCGGCUUCGCCUGGCGCAGAAUCUGUCUUUUUGGGGGCAGAGAAGGAAACUUCAGACACGGAAUGCGAUGAAAAAUACCCUCUGCUCAUGCCCAAGGGACUAGUACUGACCUUGAAGCCGCUUGCCAAUCGGUUUUCCAGGAGAGCCUGGAGGAGGCAAAGGUCUUCAGCUCUGAAACCUGUCCUCAUUCGGCCAAAUCCUUGUCUGCAGCCCAGUUCCAACACUUUGAACAUGCCGAAAACUGUGAAGUUGUCCCAGUCGGAAGCUCCUCCCAGCAAAGUCAUGGUUCAGAUUCCUCGGCUGAUCCAGCCGGCUGCGGUGGUGCAGGCUGUCCCGGGAAUGCAGCCCUUGAACGUGCCGGCAGUGGUGGGAAGCGGGGAGGCCCUGGAGUUCCCGAACGUGCUCUCUGCUUCCCAGCCUGACUCCAGAGCGUCUCUUCCAGCCGCUGUCCCUCAAGCCCUGGUGUCCUCGAGCCCUGUGACUCUUCAGCCCAAACUGAUACUGCCGACCUUGGCCGGACCGAAAACCCGCAGGCCUGGCGUGCGCAAGGUCUACCAGAAGAAAAAGGGAGCCAAAGCUGCGCCCGUGAUCAAGACGUCGCCCUUGAUCCAGCCAUCUCCCGUCAUUCUCACGGUACCUGCCACCACCGUGAAAGUGCUCAAUAUUGGCAAUGGCUGCAAUAUGAUUCAGCCCAUAAAUACGACAGUCGGUAGAGGCACUCAGGCUAUUCCAGUUACAACCUUAUUGGUAAAUCCAUCCACUUUCCCCUGUCCAUUAAACCAGCCUCUAGUGACUUCUUCAAUCCCUUCGUUAAUAGUCUCUCCUAACCCUGUUGGUCUUUCUGCAUCAUCUGUUGUGGAAAGUGAAGAACAGCUGAAUCUGGCUCCUUCCUGCCCUGCCAUAACUAACAAAAACAUCUAUCCCAUGGUAGAGCCCAAGGUGGAACCCCAAGAGCUGCACGUUUCCUGCUCGGUCGUCUCCCCCAAGAAGGACCGUGGCACCAAUCCUGUGGCUGCAAAUAGUGGCAGCCAGGAAAAGGGGAAUAAGAGCGACUGCUGUGGCUGGGCAGGCGAGCUGAAAGAAGUAAAGAAAGAGGGAACCUCGGGUGAAGAGAAAGGAGAGGAGGAAAGACGGGAUCUGCAGUCCCCCCGCCACGACGAACCGCACGUGGAUGCGGGAGCUGUCGCUGGAGCCCAGGGGAGCAGCGAGUCUCCCAGGAACCCUUCGUACGCGACGGAUGUCGAGGCAGAAUUCAGCAGCCCGCUGGGAAAACCGGAGGAUUCCUCCAGCAUGGACGGGCAGUCCGUCGGAACGCCAGCGGGCCCGGAGGCUGCGGGGGAUAAGGAAGGACCGGAGGAGGAGGAGGAGGAGGACUUCGACGAUUUUACACAAGAUGAGGAUGAGGAGAUGUCAUCAGCCUCGGAAGAGUCUAUUCUGUCGGUGCCAGAACUUCAGGAGACAAUGGAAAAACUCACUUGGCUGGCAACAGAGAGACGUUUAAGCCAGGAAGGAGAUUCCGAAGAGGAGAAUUCUCAGGAGGAGAACUCUGAGCCAGAGGAGGAAGAGGAGGAGGAAGGGGAAGGAAUGGAGAAUUCACAGAAAGAUGAUGAAACCUCUGGAGACCCCUCAGAGGAACCCAAAUCUGCCUUCCUGUUGGCCAAGGCAGCCCCGCAGGUCGAGGCCAGCAGAACGCCCCCAGGAGAGAACCUGAAAGCCCCUGGGAAGAGCAGGAACUCCCACAGGACCAGGAAUAAGAGGGGGAGGACCCGUGCUAGCAAAGACACCUCCAAGCUGCUGCUCCUGUACGACGAGGACAUCCUGGAGCGGGAUCCGCUGCGGGAGCAGAAGGACCUGGCGUUUGCACAGGCCUAUCUGAGCAGGGUGCGGGAAGCCUUGCAGAACGUUCCUGGGAAGUACGAGGACUUCCUUCGCGUUAUCUAUGAGUUUGAGAUCAGCACUGACAAGCGAACAGCCGUGGACCUCUAUUCCACUUUGCAGAAACUGUUGCACGAGUGGCCACAGUUGCUCACAGAUUUUGCUGCCUUUCUUUUGCCAGAACAAGCGCUGGAAUGUGGCCUGUUCGAGGAGCAGCAAGCCUUUGAGAAAAGCCGCAAGUUCCUCAGGCAGCUGGAGAUCUGCUUCGCGGAGAACCCUGCCCACCACCAGAAGAUCAUCAAGGUGCUGCAGAGCUGCGCGGACUGCGUCCCCCAGGAGAUCGCAGAGCUGAAGACCCAGAUGUGGCAGCUGCUGAAAGGACACGACCACUUGCAGGACGAGUUCUCCGUUUUCUUCGAUCACUUGCGCCCCUCAGCCAGCCGCAUGGGAGACUUUGAGGAGAUCAACUGGACAGAAGAGAAGGAGUAUGAGUUUGAUGGGUUUGAAGAAGUGUCUCUGCCAGAUGUGGAAGAGGAGGAGGAGCCACCCAAGAUGCAUGCGGCCCCAAAAAAUAAGAAGAGGAAAGAGAUUGGAGGCCAGAACACUGACAAGGAGGUCGAGUGGGUAGAUGGGAUGAAGGACUGUUCGUGUUCCUGCCACGAAGGGAGCAGCGAGCUCAAGCUCAAGAAGAGCAAGAGGAGGAGCUGCGGCCACUGCAGCAGUAAGGUCUGCGAUGGCAAAUUUUACAAAAACAAAGAUUCUCAAGAGCUGCCUGUUAGCCUCGCCCAGCAAGAGUCAAGUCUGCAGCCCGAAGGGAAGAGUUCCGGAAUGUCCAAGGAAGUUGUAGAAGAGAGUCCGGAGAACAGAGAGGAGGGAGAGGAUGUGCAGAGCCGGGCAAAAACUGUGUCGCGGAGAGCGGAGCCUCCGGCCUCAGAGGAGCCUCCUGUCUUCGGCCACGCUCCUGGGUCAGGCGGGAGAGCGGCCGAGCAAGGAAAACGCUCCGCGCAGCAGAGCUGGGGCCCCCCGGGUGGAAAAGCAGCCGCGGGCGAGAGCUGCUGCUCCCAGCGCCCUGCUGCUCCCAACGCGCUGUCGGGAGCGGGUCCCGGAGCCUCUCCCGGGAGCAGAGCCGCGCCGGACACGAGGGACGAGCGGCAGGUCCGCGGGCGCUCCGAGGAGCCGGAGCACGGAGCACCGGCUGCCUCCUCGGGGCACAGGGAGGAGGAGCAGCAGCAGCAGCGCGUCACCGAGGCCACCGUGUGUGCCAAGAACAGCAAAGUCAGCUCCACGGGGGAGAAGGUUGUGCUCUGGACCAGGGAGGCUGACAGGGUCAUCCUCACGAGCUGCCAGGAGAAGGGCGCCCACGGGGACACCUUCCACGCCAUCUCGCAGAAACUGGGCAACAAGACGGCCAGCGAGGUCUCCCACAGGUUCCGAGAGCUCAUGAAGCUGUUCCACACGUCCUGCGAUGGCAGCUCUGAGGAUGAGGAAGAUGCCACGAGCACCAGUAACACGGACCAGCUCUCAGAUAAAGACCUCCUGCUCUCCGAGGAAGAGCCAGAUGACUAA